CUUUUCAAUUUCCUCUCAUCUUUUUUUUUUGUCUCUUUUCCAUAUUCUCUAACUGAUCUCGGGAACAAUACAAAAUAUGGGAUCUUCGAAGAAAUCUCAACUCGGUAGCGGAUCAGACAGCGAAGGUAAGAAAUGGGUCUUAGCUGAAAUCUCUGUCCGAGCUUCACUGAAACCUGUGAAGACGAAGUCGAGAAAGCAUGAGAGAGACACAGAAGCUGAAGAAGAACAGUGCCUCACGCCCACGGCGAACGAAGCGAAGAGGACGGAGAAACUGAGAUGUCCGCCGGCGCCGAGGAAACGCCGACCGGCGUUGAAGUGUAGGAGCAAUGUUGGUGUAGAGUACUUUGUGCCUCCUUCAGAUUUGGAGACGGUGUUUAUACGACGAGUAAUGUGAAACCAUGUAUUUUCU